CCGCCCCGGGGGAGGCGGCAGCGCCCGCCCCGAGCGGGAGCCGCGGGGCCGGGCCGGGCGGAGCCAGCGCGGCCGCGGAGGGAGCGCGGAGCGAGUGCGGAGCGGCGGCCGCACCAUGGGGGCCUGUCUGGGCGUCUGCUCCCUGCUCAGCUGCGUGUCCUGUCUCUGCGGCUCCGCGCCUUGUCUGCUCUGCGGCUGCUGCCCCUCGGCCAAGAACUCCACCAUCUCCCGCCUCCUCUUCACCUUCUUCCUCUUCCUCGGCACCCUCGUGUCCAUCAUUAUGAUAAUCCCUGGUGUGGAGAAGGAGCUGUACAAGCUCCCCGGCUUCUGUGAGGGCAGCGGGUCGGUCCUGGGCGUCCAGACCCAUGUCGACUGCGGCAGCUUCCUGGGCCACAAAGCCGUGUACCGCAUGGGCUUCGCCAUGGCCGCCUUCUUCUUCCUCUUUGCGCUGCUCAUGGUGUGCGUGCGCAGCAGCAAGGACCCGCGAGCCGCUGUGCAGAACGGCUUCUGGUUCUUCAAGUUCCUGGUGCUGGUGGGGAUCACGGUGGGGGCCUUCUACAUCCCCGACGGUGCCUUCACCUCCGUCUGGUUUUACUUUGGCGUGGUUGGCUCCUUCCUCUUCAUCCUCAUCCAGCUCGUUCUCCUCAUCGACUUCGCCCACUCCUGGAGCCAGUUGUGGCUGCGCAACGCGAACGAGAGCAACGCCAAGGGCUGGUACGCAGCCCUUUGCAUCGUCACCUUUGUCUUCUACGCCGCCUCCAUUGCGGCUGUAGUUCUGCUUUACGUCUACUACACCAAGCCUGAGGGCUGCACGGAGGGCAAGGUCCUCAUCAGCAUCAACCUCAUCCUGUGCCUCAUCAUCUCUGCUGUGUCCAUCCUGCCCAAGAUCCAGGAUGCUCAGCCGCACUCGGGGCUGCUGCAGGCAUCCCUCAUCACCCUCUACACCAUUUAUGUCACCUGGUCCGCCCUGGCCAAUGUACCAACCCCAACCUGUAACCCCACGCUGCUGGUGAGGAACAGCACCGUCUCGGCGAUGGCCACCCAGCCGGUGACAACCUGGUGGGAUGCCCCGAGCAUCGUGGGGCUGAUCAUCUUCAUCCUCUGCACCCUCUUCAUCAGUGUCCGCUCCUCGGACCACCCGCAGGUCAACAAGCUGAUGCUGACGGAGGAAAGUGCGGCUGGGGGGGCUGGUGAGGCGGCGGCCGUGGAGAGCGGGCUGCACCGGGCAUAUGACAACGAGCAGGAUAGCGUGUCCUACAACUACACCUUCUUCCACCUCUGCCUCCUCCUCGCUGCCCUCUACAUCAUGAUGACCCUCACCAACUGGUACAGGCCUGACGAGAGCUUGCAGGUGCUGACGAGCCCCUGGACAGCCGUGUGGGUGAAGAUCUGCUCCAGCUGGGCCGGGCUCCUGCUCUACCUCUGGACUUUGGUGGCUCCACUGGUGCUGCCAGACCGGGACUUCAGCUGAGGUGGCCCUGGGCAUCCCGCUGCUGGGUCGGAGCCAUCGUGGCCUUGUCCCUCGAGGCUGAGGACAGCCCCAGCUCUGCCUUAGCCUCGUGUUUUGCACGCAGGAACAUCUCUGCUGGGUUGUGCCUUCUUGCAGGUCUUCUGUUUUAACUUGAAAGAGAUGAAGUGCCAAGCAGGGACAAUCAGCAAGGGCUGAGAAAGAUUUGAGGAUGUUUUUAAAGCUCUUAUCAUCUCCGUGUUUGUGUAGUGCCUUUGGUGGUGCCUCUUCUUCUAGUGGAGACCACUGCCUUGCCUUGGGAGGGUUUGGUUUUCACCAUCUCCCUUGGUACCCUGGGACCGUGGUGCCUUUUUAAGGGGCUCUGGGGGCCUGGGCCCUGGCUGGUGUUGCUUCCCCAAACAGCCAGGAGGUAAGUGAAUUCUGGGGAUUUGUGGCUGGAGGCGGAUGUCCCGCUGCAUCUCCCCAGCCUCAGCGGCGGCUCCAGCGCCUCUGGGGAGCCUCUCCCGCCCGGCUGUCCCCGCAGGACACGGCCCUGGUCCUUGCUGGAGCACGGGUCAGCUUUCCCGCAGGCUGCGCUGCCCCAGCGCUUUGCCUCCUUAAUAUGAAGUCUCGUUUGGAAUAAAUCUGGUGGAUUUGUC